AUGGGCCUCUUCAAGCGCAAAGAUUCCAAGAACUCGAUUCAUAGCGAUAAGGACGACCGGGAGUCUUUUGUAUCCGUCAACAGCGCCCACACGUCAAAUGCAUCCUUAAGGUCGCCAGGGUACAAGGGGACAGGUCCGCCAGCCUCCAUCCCCGAGCUUCCCAUCACGCGGCCACCAGACCCAGCGUUAGACCCCGCCGCCUAUCUACGAAGCAUCCACGCCGUUCGCGAGCGCGCCACGCUCGUCCUGGACAAGGCCAAGAAGAACCAACUAAACCACUUCGAUGUGGACAUGAGCAAGUUCGAGGCCACAGCGUCCUAUGUGGUGUCAAUCAUCAAGAGAGACUAUGCGCCAGACUAUGAAAAUAUUCCCCCUCAUGGUCGCUGGCAACAUUUCGACGUUGGUGGGAGGCCGCGGAUCAAUCAACUCCUCCAAUCUUGGCCCAGCCGCAUCGACGCCCAAGAACGCACCCGACGCCUGAUUGACCUGUUUGUGGUAUCGGUUCUGCUCGAUGCAGGUGCUGGCACCAAAUGGUCGUACCGGUCUAAAGAGUCUGGCAAGAUCUAUGCGCGCAGUGAAGGCCUGGCCGUGGCCAGUCUGGAGAUGUUCAAGACUGGUCUUUUCAGCAGCGACCCUACGGAGCCAUGCCAGGUCGACGGAGCCGGCUUAAAGAAGGUGACGGUGGAUACUCUGGCCAAGGGGAUGCAACAUUCGGAGCAGAAUCCGUUGGCUGGGAUCGAAGGUCGUGCAGGGCUGUUGGUGCGGCUCUCCGAAGCUCUGAACAACCAAGAUUUCUUUGGGGUGGAUGCGAGACCAGGCAAUAUGCUGGACUAUCUUCUUGGCCAUCCGUCGACUCUUGCUUCCUCUGUGCCAAUUGUUCCGAUCACCACUCUGUGGACUGGUCUCAUGGAUGGACUUUCGCCAAUCUGGCCUCCUUCGCGGACCCAAAUCGACGGCGUGUCGAUCGGAGACGCCUGGGUGUGCUCGGAUCUCCCCAGCUCCCCUCCCGCACAAAAGUGGGAGAGUAUCAUUCCAUUCCAUAAGCUGACCCAAUGGCUCUGCUACUCCAUCAUGGUCCCCAUGUCCAAGUUGAUGCACAUCCAUUUCGCCGGCAGCGAUCUUCUCACAGGUCUUCCUGAAUACCGCAAUGGCGGUCUUCUGGUUGAUAUGGGGCUAUUGAGUCUCAAACCCGAGGACAUGGAGCGCGGCGUUCAUGCAUACAGAGAAAAUUCCCGAAUCAAGGGUCAGCCCAAUGUCGAGGUGGUCCCACUCUUUUCUACCGAUGACGAUGUGAUUGUUGAAUGGCGGGCCGUGACUGUCGGCUUCUUGGACGAGCUCCUCUAUGAAGUCAACUCGCAAUUGGGAGUGAAGGACUCAGAUGAUGAACUGAACUUGGCCCAGAUGCUAGAGGCUGGUAGUUGGAAGGGCGGACGCGAGAUCGCAGAGUUCUCGAGGCCGAACACCAAGGAACCGCCGAUUAUGAUUCGAUCCGAUGGCACCGUCUUCUAA